AUGAAAGAUGGAAAAAAAAGAAAAGCCCGAGCAAUUGUUUACAAAGCCGCGGUAAUUGUUGAAAAAAAAACUUCUUUGCUCUUUUUAUCUGUUUUAGAAGGAGCCUUGGCGAAUGUUAGACCAGCUAUUGAAAUGAAAAGCCGCCGAAUGGGUGCUUCGAAACAACGGGUUCCUAAAGAAAUCAAUGAGGCUCG